GGAUGAUAUCGAUCGAAUUACACCUUGAACAAUUCUGAAUGGAGACUUUUCACAAACAAGUGGUGCUCAUUACAGGAUGCUCCUCCGGCGGCAUCGGAAACGCCCUGGCCCGCGCUUUCGCCGCCAGGAACUGUCUCGUUGUUGCGACAGCGCGUUCGCUUUCUUCCAUGCCGGAUUUGAACGAUAAGAGUGAUAUGUUCUUUCUUCAGGAACUUGAUGUGUUGAGGGAUGAGAGUGUUGUAGAGGUUGUCUCGAAUGUAAUCGAUAAGUUUGGGCGGAUCGAUGUUCUUGUCAAUAAUGCUGGAGUUCAGUGUAUUGGUCCUCUUGCAGAAAUCCCUCUUUCUUCCGCUCAACAUACGUUUAACACCAAUGUUUUCGUUGUUCUUGAUUGCAUCAACUCGAGAUAAGUGUUCAUUUCCAAUAACUCGAUUAAUUAGUGAAUGUUACACCGGAGAGAACCGGAAUCCUGUUCCACAAUAAUUACUUCCUUCAUCCAUGAACAGUUAGCUUUUAUGUAGGUACUUUAAGGUUGAUUCAAGCCGUUGUUCCUCACAUGGCAUCUAGAAAGAAGGGGAAGAUUGUGAACAUUGGAAGUAUAUCUGCUAUGACCCCUGGACCAUGGUCAGGUUUCUACAAUGCAUCUAAAGCUGCUAUACAUUCGCUAACUGAUACAUUACGGUUGGAAUUGAAGCCAUUAGGGAUCAAUGUAACUAACGUUGUACCUGGAGCCAUAAGAUCAAACCUUGGGGAUUCAGCAAUAGCCAAUUACAGUAAGAUACCGGAAUUGAAACUGUACAAGAAAUACGAGGCUGCAAUCAAGAAACGAGCUUAUUUUUCACAAGGACCAAAUGCGACUCCAUCUCAAGAGUUUGCAGAAAAGACAGUAGAUGCAAUCCUCAAACAAGACCCUCCUUCUUGGUUCUCUUAUGGUCAGUACUCCAUUAUAUCUGCCAUUAUAUACCAUUUGCCUAUUUUUCUUAAAGAUUUCCUUUUAAAGAAGGCUAUGAAUUGUUGUUAGUUUUCCAUUUCUGUAACUUGUUAUAAGACGAUGAGGGUAUGUAUAAACUAUAAGAAUUUGUCAUACACAAUGUGAUUAUCAGUUUAUGACACGUGCAUAUAACAUAUUUGAGUUGUGGCUAAACAUUUUUCUAGAAGUCG